AUGGAAAAUAUCAUAGAGUCUGGAAGUCAACCUUCUAAAUCUUCAAUUGAUGGGUCUACAGUGGUGGAAGGCCAAACUGUUGACACAAAUAAUCAACAGAAUGUGCAACCUACUACUGCAGUUCUUGAGAAGAAGAGGAAGAUUGUUGAGUCCAGAUCUCCAGUGUGGGAUCAUUAUGAAAAAAUUAAGGAUAGUACUGGUGUUACUAUUAAAGGCAAGUGUAUAUAUUGUGCCAAAAUAUAUCAAUGUCAGUCUAAAAAGCAUGGUACUACCUCCUUGAGAAACCACAUGCUUAGCUGUCUGAAAAACCCCCACUCUAAAGACACUAGACAAUCACUGUUAACCUUUCAAGCUAUUACAAAUUCUGAUGCAUCUCCUGCUACUGUUGGUGAGUUAGGAACUUGGGUCUUUAACCAGGAAGCUAUUAGGAGGGCCUUGGUUGAAAUGAUUAUAAUUGAUGAACUGCCUUUUAGAUUUGUGGAGGGUCCAGGGUUUAGGAAGUUCAUUCUGGUGGCUUGUCCUAGGUUUAAGAUUCCAUCUAGAUGGACAAUUAGUAGGGACAUCAAUCUGAUUUAUGAAGAGGAAAGAUUGAAGUUGAAAUGUGUUUUUAGGGGGAACACUCAAAGAGUCAGUAUUACAACUGACACUUGGACUUCUAUUCAGAGAAUUAACUACAUGGUAGUGACUGCCCAUUUUAUAGAUGAAGAGUGGAAGCUUAACAAGAAGAUUAUCUCAUUUGUCCCUAUUACAUCACAUAAGGGUGAGGCUGUAGCAAAAGUCCUUGAAACCUGUUUGCUUGAUUGGGGGAUUAGGAAUGUGUAUAGUAUAACUGUAGACAAUGCUUCAUCUAAUGACACUGCUAUAGGUUUUUUAAAAAAGAAAUUGAUGUCUUGGGGAACAUCUACUGUGAAGGGCAAGUAUAUUCACAUGAGAUGUAUUGCCCAUAUUCUGAACCUUGUUGUCCAAGAUGGCCUGAAACAAUGUGAUUCUUCUGUGAAGAGGGUAAGGGAGGCUGUAAGAUAUGUGAGGAGUUCACCUGCUAGACUUAAGAAAUUUAGGGACUUGGCUGAGUGGAAUGGGAUUGAACAGAAAUCAUCUUUGUGUCUAGAUGUUCCAACCAGAUGGAACUCUACAUAUCUUAUGUUACAAUCUGCAAUUAUUUAUGAGAAAGUGUUUGAGUCACUUGAAGAAAGUGAUACUGCCUACAAAGCAGAUCUGUCUGAUGUUGUUCCUACUUUUCUUGAUUGGGAGUCUGUGAAGAGUUUGGUGGAGAUCUUGAAAUGUUUUUAUGAUAUGACAAUAAGAAUUUCUGGUUCUUUAUAUGUCACUUCUAACACUUUCUUUUUUGAAAUUUCUGAUUUAUACUGCCUCUUGAAUGGCAUGGUGGAAGCUGGAGGGUCUGUGCAACUGAUGGGAGAAAAUAUGAAGGCUAAAUUUGAGAAAUAUUGGGGGGAUAUAGAUAAAAUGAACUUGAUGAUAUUCUUUGCAAACAUUCUAGACCCAAGAGACAAGUUAGAGUACAUGGCAACACAGAUGAAUCACAUGUAUGGUGAGGCAAAAGGUAAACCAUACUAUGAGAAAGUGAUUGCAGCCUUGAAAGAGUUGUUUAAUGAUUAUGCUGCCUCUACUCCUGUCUCUACUCCUGUCAGUACUCCUACUGAUUUUUCACAGUCUACAGUUGGGAGGCCCCAACAUUUGUUAAAGUCACAGAUUAAGAAACAAAGAUUGGAGAGUGGGGGAAUGAAAAAAACUGAGUUAGAAAUUUACCUUGCUGAGGCAAUACUUGAAGAAGAAACCUCUUUUGACAUACUUAGAUGGUGGAAGUUGAAUGCUGAAAGGUUUCCUAUCCUUUCUAAGAUAGCUAGGGAUGUUUUAGCUAUACCAAUAUCUACUGUUGCAUCAGAAUCUGCCUUCAGUACAUCUGGUAGGGUUUUGGAUCAUUUUAGGAGUUCAUUAACUCCUAAAAUUGUGGAAGCUUUGGUCUGUACACAGGAUUGGCUUAGGCUAUCAAAUACCCCAUUAUCAAUUGAGGAAAAUCUGGAGGAAUUGGAGAGAUUUGAACAAGAAAUUGGGACUGAUGGUGGCAGUGGAACUGGAAGGAGUGGUGGUUCUACACUUGCUACAAUUCCUCUAGCUUGGAAGAUGAAGAACAAUAGGAAGAGAUUAGGAACUCUAGGAAGACUAGGAAGUAGGAACUUGGAAAUUCAGUACUUUUUUGGCAUGUAA